CACAUUCGCGGAAGCAUAUUAUUAUACGGAUGAAUUGCGAAAGAAACUAAUUUGCAGCACUCACGAAGCAUGAAUUAAAUUAAAGCUAGAAUUAUUUAAAUCUGCACAGUAACAUGGAGGAUGACGAUGAUGUCCCGACUCUAUCGGCCGAUACAUUUGCAGCGCUUCAAGAGUUCUAUGCAGAGCAGCAGAAGCGACAGGAAAUAUUUACCAAACUUGAGGCAGACGACAAAUUAAAAGAGAAUGUGCUGUUUGAUGAAAAUUGGCAACUAAGCCAGUUUUGGUAUGAUGAGGCUACAGUUCAGGCUCUGGUAAAGGUUAUAGACCGAGUAAUAUCAGACGGAGGGAGGGUGGCGCUUAUUUCUUGUCCUACCCUCUUUGUGCCAGUAAAGAGACAAAUUGGCAAUAGAGCUACAGUGUCCCUGCUUGAAUACGACAGAAGGUUUGAAGUUCAUGCACCAGACUUCAUUUUCUACGACUACAAUACAGCAGACAAGUUACCGCCAGACGUUUUAAACAGUUACGACUUGGUUGUGGCAGACCCACCGUUCCUUUCAGAGGAAUGCAUAACAAAAACUUCGGAAACCAUCAAAUUACUGUCCAAAGAUAAGAUUGUUGUGUGCACAGGUGCCAUCAUGAAGGAAAACGUAGAAAAACUAUUGGAUUUAAAGUUGUGCAAUUUUCAACCACACCACAGAAACAAUUUGGCUAAUGAGUUUUCAUGCUAUGCAAAUUUUAAUCUGGAUGACAUCCUGAGGUGAUAUUUACAAAGUAACUAUGAACAGGCAACUUAUUUACUAAACCAAAACUGAUAAUAUCAGUAUAAUAUAUAGGAAAUUACUAUUGAAAAUUGUAUCUUAUCUGGAACUUAUACAUCUAGAUAGUAAGAAUAAAACUCUACUGUUGUAAAACA